AUGGAUGAUAACCUAUACUUAACUACUUAUGAGGCUGCAUUGGCUGUUGUAGCUACGGCUAUGAAGAAGGCUCGUUUACGGAUAGACGUGUUGAUCAUCAACUCAUUAAUGGGAGGAAUGCUAUUUACAACUGGAGGAAUGCUCUAUGAUUUGGUACGAGCAGGUUUCUCAGGAAUAAAUGAAACUGACCCAGGUAUCAUAAAUUUGCUCCAGGGGUUGUGCUACCCUCUUGGGUUAUUCUACGUGGUUAUUCUAGGGGUUGAUUUGUUCAACUCUAAUAUAUUAUUUUUCAGCACUGCUUUAUGUCGAGGAGCAAUUUCCUUUCUAGACUUAUUUAUUAGUUGGUUUGUUAGUUGGUGGUUUAAUCUUGUUGGAAACAUCUUUGUCUGUUAUAUAAUUUGCUACUAUUCGGAUGUUGCACGAACUCCGUUGAUGGUAGUCGGAUCAGUUGAAGUGACAGUCCAAAAAGCAGAGGCUACGUUCGUUGAGACUCUCUUAAAGGCUAUAGCAGGAAACUUUUAUGUGUGCUUGGCAAUAUUUCUACAGUUAAUGGCAAAACCCUUACACGUCAAGUUUUUGAUGAUGUUGUUACCAGUUUUCACAUUUGUGGCCAUGGGGUUUACCCACCUGGUGGCUGACAUGUUUUUGGUGACAAUGGGAUUGAUAAACGGUGCACCAGUAUCGGUAGGAGAAGUUGCAUGGAAAGUGUUUUUGCCUGGAGCGAUAGGAAACAUUAUUGGAGGUUCAUUCUUUGGAGUUGUUAUAACUUGGUAUUUGCAUAUUUAUGUUGUCGAAAGAGAUAGAGCUGCCUUGAAUUUGCCACAAUACGAAUUGAGAGACGAACAACCAGAAUUGAAUCAAGACUCAAGAGUUGUGCGCAAAAAGAAUUCAAGGAUGGAGGAUGAAAUGGCAGACGCCAGCAAGCUCAAUGAUAGUGAAGAGUCAGAGCUAAUCCAACCACCCGAAGAUUUUUACCCUACUCCAGUUUAUGACGAAACGAGUAUUCAGCUGUAUAAAUUGACACACAGAAAGACCAGAGACAGUAUUUCGUCUUUGCGAACAACACGGAGAUCUCCUAAAAAUGUGUUUCCAGUGUAUGGUAUGGGUGCACCUUUAAAGCGAGAAAGAACAAUAGCAGGUGAGAUAUCAACACCGGCUGAACCAAUGGACGAAAAAUCAGAAGAAGAGGCCGAGUAUAUUGGAACAAGGUUAAGGAAAGCAAUUUCCAACAGAUCAAAAAUGCUGGAUUUGGAAGCCAACAAAUCACAUUCAAAUAAUGGAUCUCGUCGACCAACACCGAGAUCUUCAUUUAGUGGCAGAUCAAGCAAUGUAGGCAUCAGCAAGUUAAGCGGGGGACCGGAUCCCACAGAUUCGAAUAUUGAUCUAGCAGAUAUAAGGGAGUAA